CCACGACGGCUACGACGGCCACGACGGCCACGACAGCCACGAUAGCCACGAUGGCCACGAUGGCCACGACGGCUACGACGGCCACGACGGUCACGACGGCCACGACGGCCACGACGACUACGUCGGCCACAACGGCUACGACGGCCACGACGGCGACCGAGCCAAUUAUAUUAACUCCUAAAACACUGCAAAAUAUCAUUAAAGCAGCUGUCGUGGCUGCAGUAGGAAAAGGAAGAGGGAAAGGGAGAGGAUGAGGCAGAGGAAGAGGAAGAGGCAGAAGCAGCGGCGAAGACAGAGGAAGAGGCAGUGAUGGUAGAAGGGGAAGAGACAGAGGUGAAUGGAGAGGAAGAGGCAGAGGUGAAAGAAGGGGAAGAGGCAGAUACGAUACAUUUGGUAUCAACAUUUUUCUACAC